GAUGUGUGAGCAAAGUUAGACGCGUGUCCGUGAGCUCUCGAAUUAUUAGAAAAUAUUGAAGAAAAAAAAAGUGUGAUGGUUGUAGAAGUGAUAGAAAAGAAUUAAAAGAGGACGAUAAAAAGUUAGAAGUAACUAAAAUUUGGAUAUUGGAACUGAGAAAGUAAAAAAGUGAGACCAAAGUGUGGAAAAGGAUUUGAAGGUUAGGUACGAAGUGAAAAGGUGGUAGAGAGCGUAGGAAGAAAUAGGCGUGAUCUUGACUAAAGUGGUUUUUGACUAAAUGAAUUGUGUGUCACGAGAGGUCACUAGUGAUCGUAGUGUUUGUAUUUACAAAUUAUAAUUCGAUAUAGAUAGAUGGGAAGACCACUAGGAAGCAAAAAUACCACGAACAAGUCAAAAGAUUCAACAUUAGAGAUGUUUGCGAACAAUAAAGAGAAAGUUGAGUUUCAAAAAAGCAUGGAGAAAAUGCUGAAGAGUAUAGGAUCAGAAAUAAAGGAGGAUUUGAAAGUGCAACUGAAGGAUCAGAAAGAGGACUUGAUAAAAGAAUGGUCAGAAAGAUUAGAAGCAAGGGAAAAAGAAUGGAGAAAGGAAAAAGAGAAUUGGAAAAAGGAAAAGGAAGAACUGUUUCAAAGAAUAAGAAGAUUAGAAAGUGACAAAGAAAAAAAGGAAAGGGAAAACAGAAAAUUAAAUAUAGUAUUAAAGGGUGUGGAAUUUUCAGAAGAAAAAAUAGAGGAGAAAGUGGAAGAAUUUAUUGAAAAGAGUUUAAAUGUGAAAAUAAAUGUAGUGAAUGCAUACGUAGUAAGAAAAAAUAAGGAUGACAAAAAAGGAAAAAUGGUCGUGGCAAAGCUACACAGUUGGGACAUGAAAAAGCAAAUAAUGAAAAAGAAAAAAGAAUUGCAAAGAGGAAUCUACAUCGAUGAUGAUUUAACAGAAAAAGAAAGAUCAAUACAACAAGAAGUGAGAAGAAGGGCAAGAGAAGAAAGAGAUAAAGGAAAAAAUACAAAAAUUGGUUACAUGAGUGUUCAAAUCGAGGGUAAAUGGUUAAGAUGGAACGAUUGGGAAGAAUGUUUCAUAGAAGAAGGAUCUAACAGAAAAACAAGAGAAUAGGGAAGAAGGGAAGUAAAUGGAGAAAAUAUUUGCGGAGUGAAAGCUUGUAUAUGGAACAUUGCGGGGGUACUAAAUAAAGAUAAUGAGACGUGGAAAUAUUUGAAUACUUUUGAUAUAGUGGGAUUAACGGAAACAUGGAUUGAUAGAGAUAAUUGGAAGAAAAUAGAAGGAAAAUUACCGAAAAAGUUUAAUUGGAAAUGUAGAUAUGCGGAAAAAACAAAUAAGAAGGGAAGAGCAAAGGGAGGAAUAAUAACAGGAAUAAGUAAAAAUAUUACAGAAAUCGAAUAUAAAGAGUGGAGUAACAACGUCGUGGAAAGAAAAAUUGAAAUUAACCAAAGGAAAUUUAGAAUAAUAAUAGUGUAUAGUCAAAGUAUAAAAGAAACGAUAAAAAUAUUAAGAGAGGGAAUAGACGAGAAGGAAGAGGAAACAUUGAUACUGGGAGGAGAUUGGAACGCUCGGACAGGAAAUGAAGGAAGAAUUAUAAUAGAAGAAGAAGAGAAUGAAGAAUAUACAGAAUCAAAAUAUAAGGUAGUAAAUAGAGAAGGAAGGAUUCUGAUAAAGGAACUAGAAGAGAGAGGUUGGUCAAUAAUCAAUGGAAAUAAAGGAGAGAAAGGAGAAUAUACCUAUUUAGGUUCAAAAGGAGCAUCAGUCAUUGAUUAUAUAGUCGCCAAUCAAGAAGCAAUAGAUGAAAUAAAAGGAUUGACAAUAGGACAGAGAGUGGAAUCAGAUCAUUGGCCUUUAGAGUUGGAAAUAUAUGGGAAGAUUAAGAGUAAUAAGAAAAAUGAAAUAAGGAAAGAAUAUGAAACUAUAGAAAAGAGAGAAUGGACAGAGGAAAAUAUUAGGAGUUAUCAGGAAUAUUGCUGGG